CUCAACAAAGACCCACCAAAUUCGUCUAUUUAUUUCUCAGAUUAACCCCCAAUCCGACCACCAAGGCCAAAUCCAUCGAGAAUCCAUGGAAUUCGAUUCAAAGCCCCAUCUGGGUCUCCUUCUUCUCUCCCUCUACGCCCUCUCAGUGGCCGCAAUUCCGGCCGCCGGCAACGACCCGACAGUGUACGAGCUCUUGCCCAAAUUCGGGCUUCCGAGCGGCCUCCUGCCGGACAACGUCAAGUCGUACUCUCUCUCCGAAGACGGUAGCUUCGUCGUCCAGCUGGAGAAGCCCUGCUACGUACAGUUCGACUACUUGGUCUACUACGAGAAGAAGAUUACUGGGAAGCUCAAGUACGGUUCCAUCAAGAAGCUCAAGGGGAUUCAGGUCAAGAGGCUGUUGUUCUGGUUCGAUGUCGAUGAAAUUACGGUCGAUUUGCCGCCCUCCGAUAGUAUUUACUUCCAGGUUGGGUUCAUCAACAAGAGGCUUGAUGUGAGCCAGUUCCAAACUGUUCAUUCUUGCCGCGACAAGGUCUCUGCUUCUUGUGGCCAAGCUUGGAAACGGGUUCUUGAGCUUCCUACUCCUCGAGAUGAGGUUCAUGGCCUAAUUAUUGAGUAGAUGAUGCCAGAAAAUGCUUGUGUUAUAUGAGAAAAUAAUCGCUGGGAACACUCUCAACUCAUAUAUCUUAUAUUUUGGAGUCCAGAAUGCCCGGGUUGGUGAGCUGGAAGAUGAGUGAACGAACAAGCGAAGGAAUUAUUUGAGGGGAAACCUAGAAUAAAAGAGAAGGCCACGAUUGUAGUGUUGUAUGUAUAAUGUAUAUGGUGUGUUAUCAAAGCAAGCUUAUGUACCAGCAUGUAGUACUUGAAACUCUUAGCUUGAUGUUUUAAGCAACAAUGUUAUGCUAGUCUUCCAAUCCGAAUGUUUGUUAUGCUAA